ACCCAUAAAUCAUUUGAAAAAUGAAUGGCCCAGAUAACACAACAAAAUCCACCAACCUUAUCUUCUGAUAAUGCCAAUACCUCUAAUUUUUCCCACCAUGUUUUCCAGGAAAAAAAAAUGGCAACUUCAUUUCUCUCAACUGCUAAUUCCUUCUUCCCAUCAUCUCUUCCCCCUUCAACUUCAUCUUCUUCAUCAUCAUCGUCAUCGUCAUUAGGGCCUGCAUUAGUUCAUCUCAACAACCAAAAUGUCCAAAGAAGAACCCUUUGCAAAGCAUUCAAUGAAUCUCCACUACCCACUCCAUCUUCAACUAAAAGAAGCUUCACCCUUUGCUUCAUCACCGGCUUGGGGUUGGCCGCCGGUAACGGUUGCUCCAAUGCCGUCGCAGCAAUUCUAGAGGCCGAUGAUGAUGAAGAACUUAUGGAGAAAGUCAAGAAGGAUAGAAAGAAGAGGCUUGAGAAACAAGAAGUAAUCAGUUCAUCAGGCAAAGAAAAAGGGUAUUUGCAGGAUCUUGUGUAUAAGUUGAGGCAAAUUGGACAGGCCAUUGAAAACAAUGAUCUAUCUGCAGCUAGUUCAGUUCUUGGGGGAAACACUGAUACUGAGUGGGUCAAGAAUGCCAAUGUAGCCUUCAACAAGCUGAGCUCUAGUACCGAAGAGAAGACGCAGGUCGAGACGUUCAAUUCUUCGUUAGCUUCAUUGAUAACAUCAGUUACAAAAAAUGACGUUGAAUCAUCAAAAGUAGCAUUUGUGGAAUCUGCAACUGCAUUUGAGAAAUGGACAACCCUGACAGGACUUACUGGACAACUUAAAGGACUGUGAAGAAAAGAAUGAUGAAAUUUUCAUUUUGUUCUUCUUAUCUUCUACUGAAAUCCACAGUUAAAUGUUUUUUUUUAUCACCCAUUGGAGGUUUCGCUUGAACAAAA